CAUGAGGAAUCACCACUCAAUAAAAUUACUUUUGUGCAGGAUUAGCCGUGAAUGACACAUUUGUUGUGCCUGCGAUUGAUAUGUUAGAGACAUCUUUUAGGUCGACGAGGUGAUCAACGAACAAAGCCAUCGAAACUAAGCUUCUCCUCGACAUACAAGCAAGCAACAGACUCUAUACGAAGAGCAAAAGCCCAAAUCAUCAAAGGUACUUGCGCACGAUAUCAUCUAUUGGAAAUGGCUAUGAGCAAUCCUCAUUCGCCAACGAUGUGUAUGUCAACGGGAAUCCAGGUCGUUAUAGUCGGUGCUGGCUUUGCUGGGCUGACCGCGGCGAUUGAGUGUCACCGGCAUGGCCAUAGCCCCAUCGUAGUAGAGAAGUUCCCAUCUCUGAAGCCCCUGGGUGAUAUCAUUUCGUUUGCCCCGAACGCUGCUAGGAUCUUCCAGCGCUGGCCAGGCGUUGCACGGAAGUUGGACGCAAUUUCUUUGAGGGCGCCGGAGCUUAACAUCAAGUCCUUCAGGGGCGACACUCUGUACAACCAGGUCUGGAGCCAAGAAGAAAGCUCCUGGGGUAUCAGAUUCGACGGGCACCGCGGUGAGUAUCACGACAUAGUGUAUCGGUAUGCCAUCGAGGCUUGCGGUAUUGAAAUUAAACUUGGAGCAAAAGUAGUAGAUUAUUUUGAGGAUGACAGUUCGGCGGGGGUGAUCCUGGAGAAUGGAGAGAGGAUAGUAGGAGAUGUUGUCCUCGCAGCCGAAGGUAUCCGUUCCAAAGGCCGUACUACGGUGCUCGGGUACGAAGACUUGCCUAAGGCUUCGGGAUAUGCUGUGUAUAGGUCGUGGUUCUCGACCAAGGACACCGUGGCGCAGGACCCUGAGCUCGAUUGGCUGGUGAAGCAGGGCGAUAAGCAAGUAGCCUGGCUUGGUCCAGAUGUUCAUUUUAUCGCGGCGACACUAAAAAGUGGCCAGGACAUUAGCUGGGUCUGUACGCAUAGGGACAAUCAAGAUAUCGGCGAGUCAUGGCAGUGGGAAGCGCCCCUUUCAGACGCGCGUAAAGUGCUGAGGGGUUGGGAACCAAAUAUUCAACGCAUACUUGAUCGCACUCCCGAGCCCUUGAUAGACUGGAAGCUCGUGUACAGGGAUCCGCUGGCCACUUGGAUCUCACCUAAACGCCGCAUUGCACUGAUCGGUGAUGCAGCGCAUCCGUUCUUACCAACCAGCAUUCAGGGUGCAAGCCAGGCGAUGGAAGAUGGGGCAACAAUUGCUGUUUGUCUCCGAAAGGCGGGAAAGGAUCAAAUACAUGGAGCAGUAGAAGUAUUUGAAACCCUCAGGUAUGAGAGGGUGAAGAGCGCGCAGAAGACGGGCGAGCAAACAAGGGAGAUCUGGCAUAAGGCUGAUUUUGGAAGUGCGACGAAGGAUCCCGCAAGUUUCCGACUGAGGCGGGAGAAAUGGCUCCUGGACUUUGACGCUGAGGCAUAUGCAGAGAAGGAGUACGAGCGUACCGCUGAGGCCAUCAAAGCGGAGGGCCUCUUCGAGGCUAGAGCAUUGCAUGUUCCGGCGGGCCGCCACGGGUAUCUUGAGUAUAAAACUUGAGUUAGGUUUCAUCGAGACGGUAGACAGUGACCUAUGAUCAGGAUUCAUGCAUAUUCAACGCAGGCAUGGCGUAAUCGAGGUAGUCAAAUUGAAGUAAAGGUCAUCUGAUCAGAUCUGUUAAACCAUUGCAAGUAGCUGGCUCACUAAUAUCGCCAUACCGGCUUAGAAAAGAAAGGAUGGAAAGUUUCUUUUCAGA